GCACCUUAUCGAAGGUUGCAGUUUAUUUGAUCUACUAGUACAUAAGAAGAAGAUUACCAUCUUAAUCUUCAGCUUAAGUUAAGAAAACUAUCAUCAUCCUAUUCGCGACCAAGUUAUUUGUUUCUACUAGCUACUUCAAUAUGGCAAAUUCCCCGUGCUCUUUCCCUUCAUUCGGAAUCAGUGAAAUCUACCGCAGUUACAAUUCGUUCACUGGGUUUGAAAAACAAGAAUCUUUCAGCAAAAGGAAACAAGAAGAAUUAUCAGGUAUCGAAAAUUUGGGAGCUACUCAUUCAUUUUGUUCUGAAUAUGGCUUUUACCAGGAAAACAACCCACCUGGUAAGAGAGUAAAUUUCGCCAGAGAUAUUGAACCCUCAUUUCCAGAAUUUGCACCAUCACCACCAAUUUACAGCCCUGGCAUAUUGAGUGGUUUCGAGUUUGACCCCACUUUCCUAUCAGCCAACCAAUCACUUUCGGAAAUCCUGGGGGAGGAGGAGCAGUCUUCCUUUUCUGUAGUAUCUUUACAGCUCCUGACAAAUUCCGCUAGCGGAAUCGAGAAGUUGAAGGGAGAAAUUCGUAGCGAUUAUGAGAUUAGCUAUGCAGGCGGCCAUAAAUUGUCGACUGAAGAAAUCAUGAGAGUGGCCGGAGAGAGGUUCAUACAGUUGUCUACCCAAAGAGUUGAUGGUUCCUCCUCGAUGCAUAUCCACCCGUAUGGUUAUGCUUUCUCUGGUCUCUCUUUCGAAGACACCCAAGAUGUGGAACUAGUCCACCUCCUUCUAGCUGCAGCUGAGAAGGUGGGGUAUCAGCAGUUUGCCAGCGCGAGCAGAUUGCUCACUAGCUGCGAAUGGUUAUCUUCGGCCACAGGCAAUCCUGUCCAGAGAGUUGUUUCCUACUUUGCUGGAGCGCUGAGGGAGAGGAUUGAUAGGGAAACAGGAAGAUUCGCAUCAUGGAAAAUGGAGGGGAAUGAUAAUUACAGUAUGGCAGGCUCAGGGACACGCGUGAGUUCGAACCUUGCGUUGUUGAAAUUCCACCAGGAACUCCCCUUUUCUCAGGUCAUGCUAUUUCCCGGAAUUCAAGCGAUUUUAGAAAACAUUAAAUCGGAUACCAAGAUCCAUUUGGUUGAUCUCCGAAUCAGGAGUGGCGUACAAUGGGUGAUCUUGAUGCAAGCUCUAACAGAACGAGUUUUGCACCCAAUUGAGAAUCUAAAGAUAACUGCAGUGGGGACAACAGGUGGAGAGAAUAUGGAGGAAACGGGAAAGAGGUUAGCAAAUUUUGCCGAGUCCCUGAACUUGCCUUUCUCAUUUAACGUAGUUCUCUUAUCAGACAUUAAGGACCUUACGACGGAACAUUUCAAUACAGAAGAUGGUGAGGCUGUGGUUAUUUACUCUCAAACCAUACUUCCAUCAAUGAUCUCAAGGCCUAACUGUUUGGAAAAUCUCAUGGGAGUGAUAAGGAAGCUUAAUCCAGCCAUAAUGGUAGUCAUUGAAGUCGAAGCAAAUCACAAUUCGCCUUCGUUUUUCAAUCGCUUCAUUGAGGCACUUUUCUUCUAUAGUGCCCUUUUCGAUUGUUUGGAGGAAUUUGGAAAUCAAGACGAUCAGUACAGAAUCACACUUGAGGGAAAGUUUUUCGGUGAUGUGAUCCAUAAUAUAGUUGCAGCUGAAGGUGAGGAAAGGGUCAAUAGGAAUGUGAAGAUGAGUGUAUGGAGGGCAUUCUUUGCUAGGUUUGGAAUGGUGGGAGCUGAACUCAGUGAGUCAGCUUUGUACCAAGCUAAUUUGAUUGUCAAGCAGUUUGCCUUUGGGAGUUAUUGCACUCUAGAGAAUGAUGGGAAGUGCCUAACUGUGGGAUGGAAAGGGACUCCAAUUCAUUCCCUUUCCACUUGGAAGUUCCUUUGACAAUUCGUUGUUUUUCUAAUUCUUUUGAUUGUGUCCCCUAGAUCUAAUUACGGAGUGUGUGGUAGAUCUAACCUUUAUGAAAACCUUAUUGGAUACCUGUCGUUGUGUGAAUGUGUGUUCCCUUUCCUCUUGUUCAAAAGCAUCUGUAACUUUUUAUGUCUCAUGAUCAAAUUGUAAGGUGAUGAUUAGAAGCUUC